AUGGCGAGCUGCCGGCGGCUGAGCGGCGCGGGGCUGCGGGAGGUGCUGGGCCCGGCGCAGGGGCUGCUCUUCGACUGCGACGGCGUCCUGUGGGCGGGCGAGCGCGCCGUCCCCGGCGCCCCCGAGCUGCUGGAGCGGCUGCGGCGCAGCGGCAAGGCCGCCCUCUUCGUCAGCAACAACAGCCGCCGCUCCGUGGCCGAGCUGGAGCGGCGCUUCAGCCGCCUCGGCUUCCGCGGCGUCCGCGCCGAGCACGUCUUCAGCUCCGCGCUCUGCUCCGCGCUCUUCCUCCGCCAGCGCCUCCUCGGCGGCGGCGGCGAGGGGAACGGGAGCGGGGGUGGCCGCGUCUUCGUGCUGGGCGGCGAGGUGCGCGGCGAGGUGCGCGACGCCGGCCUGCGCCUGGCGGGCGAGGGCGAGCCGGCGCCCGGCGCCGCCGAGCCGGUGCGGGCCGUCCUGGUGGGCUACGACGACCAGUUCACCUUCGCCAAGCUGGCGCAGGCCUGCGGCUACCUGCGCGACCCGCAGUGCCUCCUGGUGGCCACCGACCCCGACCCCUGGCACCCGCUCAGCGACGGCCAGCGCACCCCCGGGACCGGCAGCCUCACAGCCGCGGUGGAAACUGCUUCGGGCCGCAAGGCGCUGGUGGUGGGGAAACCGAACACAUACAUGUUUGAUUGCAUCGUGGAGCGUUUCGGCGUCGACCCGUCCCGCACCCUCAUGGUGGGAGACCGUCUGGAGACAGAUAUCCUCUUCGGCAAGAACUGCGGCCUCUCCACCAUCCUCACCCUGACAGGUGUCUCCCGCCUGGAAGAGGCGCAGGCCUACAUGGCCCACAGUGCCGCUGCCAAGGAUCUGGUGCCCAAUUACUAUGUGGACAGCAUUGCAGACUUGAUACCGGGCCUGGAUGAGUAGCAGUCUGUACGUGUGAGGGCAGAGGGGUCAGGUUCCCCAUCCCAGAUCUCCAUCUGUUCCCAUUUCUCUCUCACUGCCCUAUUCCCUCAAUUCCUGGUUUCUUCACAUUCCAGCGCCCUUGUAGGGGGGCAAAAUGGCGGGGGU